AAAGCAGGAACUUCCGUGUGCAAGACAAGCAACCAUUCGCCGCUCUAUUCUUUUUCCUCUCUCUAUGCGCUGCCUGGUGCCGAGAGGCGCUUUGGCGUCGGGUGAGGCCCGGCUGAAUCGCGCAUGCGGCUGACCGGGCUGCUGCCUUUUGCCUGCGUUACUGCCGCCGCUGCCGCUGAAGUGGGGUUACGUUAGGACGCCGGCCAGCCGGCUAGGCAGGCAGGUGAAGAGGCGAGCGGGCGGCGGGGGGUCUCCUUCCCUGAGGCGAUGGGCUCGGACUGGAGCAGCCCCGAGGAGCGGGAGCCCCUCUUGCAGCCUCCUCCGCCGGCGCCCGCGGCGCUGCCCCAGCACUACCCUCCGCAUGGCCAGCCCCGGAGGACAGCAGCGGCCUCGCGGGCGGCGGCUUCCCGCAGCCAAGGGCUGGUCCCCGCGGCGCCUCCGCGCUCGCCGCCGCCUCUGCUGCCCGGCCGCGUGUACGGGCGGCGCUGGCUGGUGCUGCUUCUCUUCUCGCUGCUGGGCUUCGCGCAGGGCCUGGUGUGGAACACCUGGGGCCCCAUCCAGAACUCGGCCCGUCAGGCCUUCCCCUUCUCCAAGCUGGACAUCGCCCUGCUCGUCUUCUGGGGGCCCAUCGGCUUCGUGCCCUGCUUCUUCUUCAUGUGGCUCAUGGACAAAAAGGGCCUCAGGGUAACUGUGUUGCUAACAUCAUCCCUCAUGGUGGUAGGAGCUGGCCUGAGAUGUGUUCCUGUAUCAGACCAAGAAACAAGGAAAUGGCUGAUCCACGGAGGACAGCUGUUGAAUGGAUUGGCAGGCCCUACUGUCACUAGCGCUGCUCCAUUCCUCUCCACUACAUGGUUUUCACCAGAUGAGCGUGCCACCGCCACAGCUGUUGCAUCAUUGAUUGGUUACCUUGGUGGAGCAUGCGCUUUUUUAGUAGGACCCUUCGUGGUUCCAGGACCGAAUGGCACAUCCACAGUUGCACCUGGAAGCAGCCCGGAGCAUAUCAAAGACCGCAUCGAGGCUGUGUUGUACGCAGAAUUUGGCUUUGUGGCCUUGAUAUUCUCUGCAACCCUCGCCUACUUCCCAUCACGUCCUCCAUUUCCACCCAGUGUAGCUGCAGCUAGCCAGAGGCUCAGCUACAGAAGAAGUUUUUGUAGGCUAUUAAGCAACCCACGGUUUCUGAUGAUUGCUCUAGCCUAUGCUAUACCAUUGGGUGUUUUCUCGGGAUGGUCUGGUGUUCUAGACUUGAUAUUAACCCCAAAGGACAUAAGCCAAGUGGAUGCAGGUUGGAUUGGAUUUUGGUCUAUUGUAGGAGGCUGUAUUGUUGGCAUAGCACUGGCAAGGUUUGCUGAUUUUAUCCGAGGAAUGCUGAAACUUAUACUGCUUCUGUUACUGUCAGGAGCAACUUUAUCAUCCAUCUGGUUCACUUUGACGUGUUUAACAACUGUCAGUCAUCUUCCUUUAACUACAGCCACCUUGUACACUUCUGGCAUCUUGUUUGGCGUCUUCUUGAACAGCAGCGUACCUAUUUUCUUUGAACUUUUUGUGGAAACUGUCUACCCUGUUCCGGAAGGGAUUACUUGCGGCGUGACCACUUUCCUAAGCAACAUGUUCAUGGGAGUUCUUUUAUUUUUUCUUACUUUCUACAAUAAAGAGUUCUCUUGGUUUAACUGGUGCCUCCCAGGCUCCUGUCUGCUAAGUCUUCUGCUCAUCCUGUGCUUCAGGGAAUCCUACGAUAGACUUUAUCUCGACGUCAUCGUCUCGGUUUGAUAGCACAAAACGGAAGGGAGCUCCAGAAGAGGAUGGAAGUUAGAACACUGCUCUGCCUCUUUCCUUUGGAAAUUGAAAAGACCAAAGGUCAAAGCUAAAAAAAACAAAACCUAAACAGUUUUAACAUUGACCUUUUAACUGAACUUACAAAGUGGUUUUUAAAGUACACUUCCUAAUUUCAGAUUUUAUUAUCUUGAUAACGAUGGUGAGUGUUGUACUUGAAUGGGAAUUUGAGUAUUUUUUUAAAAGCACACACUCAGAAGAAUGUGUGUUAGGGAGAAGCUAUAGUUUAUUAACUGUGAGGAUUUUAUUUAAUAAGCUAUUUAACUGGGUAUACAGAUUUUGUGCCAACUCAAGCCAUUUACAAGAUAGAUACAAAAUGAAUAUCUUACUUAGGGUUUAAGGGAGGAACAUAUUCACCAUCACAAAAAGGUCUAUUUUUGCAGCCUAAAGAGUCCUAAUAAGAAUUCUGAUGUUCCAAUAUUUUUCCUGCUUUUUAAACAAUAUACUACCCCCCAUGAUGUAGUAUACAAAAAUACAAGUGUCACUUUGAUGGCAAAAUAUUUGCAACAUAGUUAAUCGGGGCUUUAAAGGUGUUCCCUCACUAUGAGUCCUCUAAGCUCUAUCAAAAUGAGAGUAGUAGGGAGAUAGGAAUUUAUCCUUCUCGGAGUUUAACUAUGGCCAAAUAUUUAAAAUCCGUAUAAAUGUCUUGGCAUGCCCCUUGUACACUACAUUUAUUUUCUAAUGUUUUCUAAGCACUCCCCUUCUUGACACAUUGAAGGGUCUUAUGUCUGUUGGUGCUAUAUAUUCAGUUAUGUCUAAAUUAAUUGCCUUAGUAUAGGAAUGACAUCUGCUGUGGAGGUAUCAUGGGUCGGCACUACCUUUACUGGGAUAUUUUCAAUUCAUUUCUCUAUCCAAAAACUGCAAGCUGUCCUCCCAAUGUUUUUAUCAAGCUGACUGAACAAAAUUUAUAGCUUUUCUGUUUCAAGUCAUGUGUGUUUUCAAGCUAGUUUACAAUCUAAAGAGUGCCUAUCAUGUGUGAUUUUGUUUUUAAACAGCUAUUCAGUGGUGGUACUUCCAGGUAGCAAAAUUAAAUGGCAAAUCAAAUCGAUCCAGACAUUAUCUUCCAUAGAAAGCUUUCGAUCCAGUGGGCAGAUCUCACUGACGGGGGCGGCAUUUACCAAUUUCUCUUCUCCCUCUACACAGCCCAUGUUACCUCCCACAGUGUUUCAGCCCAACUCUCUGGAACAUUGAGGGAGGUGGGUGAGGCUGAGGGUGCAGGAGAGCAGGGAAUCUCCCUUGUUGCAGUACUGUGUAUCCUGUAUUACAAGACCUAUUAUUUGUUUUCAAAAGCCAAUCUAGCUUCUCCAGUUGGUUUUACAAAGCCUCACGUGCUACGUGCUUUGCAAGAAAUCUGAUGCAAAAUACAUGUUGCUACCAUCUAUUUGAGAGAGGGAAUUGUUAACCUGUGUUUACUAAAUUGUGGCCAGCAUGCUUCUCUACUAGCACAAAUACUUUGAAACACUUUCAUGAGCAUUCUUAUAGCUCUGUUAAUACUGAGUUUUAAUCCUGAGCUUGUUCUCUUCCGUUGGUCUGUCUGUCUAUGUGCAUGUGUGUAAAAUAUGUUUGCACAUACAAAUCUUACAAGUGUAUUCUUUAGUAGUAAAUUUCCACAGUGUCGCAUACACUGAAAUUCUAAUGAUAAAUUUAGUGCCAUUGUCCAUUCGAAAAGCAAUCUCUUCAAGUAAUGACAUAGUUUACAUAACACAGUUGAGUGACUUUUUUUUUUAAGCCAUCUUGCUCUGCGGUAUUUGUGGAUUCCACAAUCUAAUAUUAUGCUUCAGUGAGAACUUUGAAUUUGGAUGUGUUUCACUCCUUCAAAGAAGUUCCAUUCUGCCACUCUUGAUUCAUUUGGCCACUGUAAUUCAGAAAUUAAGCAAUAUUUCUCAGACACAUGGCUUUAUUCUGUUUGUCCAGUCGUUUUAUUCUGUGGAUAACUGAAAUAUUUCUUCAGUUUGCAUUUAGGAGCUUCAAUGGAAUUAUUGGUGUCAUUUUAUAGUGUCAACUUUUUGUUGUUGUUGUUGUGCCAUUUUGUAUUCCAUAUUGGUUAAUAGGAUGUGACAGCUUGAUGAACUGAUCCCUGACAGCUCGUGAAAGACGAAAAACCUUUCUCUUGGAAGUACCUUUCAGCCAAAAUAUAGCCAUUUUAAUCUGCAAUAUAGAAAGAUUCUGAUUUUCCCCCAGGCAGGCUUUUCUGUAUUUUUUUCAAGCAGGCUUCCUCACAGCUCUUGCCAUGAUUUUUCUCUUAGGCUGCAACAGCUAUAGCAAGAAGGAAGAAGGCCAUGCACUCAUUGCCCAGUAGGGAACAAUCUAGCUUUCAUCUAAUAGCAAUGUCAAUUAAUACAUCCGGGUCCCAGUUACAUCAAGGUUGAACCUUCUUUUUGCUAAUAGUUAUCCUACUGGGACUGCAGCUAUAUACAUUUGGAGUACUUUCACAAGAAGCAGAUGAUGUUUUUUCACAUACACAUACCCCUCCUGGCUGCCCUGUUUUUUGUGUGUCAUUAGCUAAAUUGAGUCCAUAGAAUCAGGUUAAGUGUUCCCCUUGAUUACGCUUUUUUGUCAUCUUCAAGGCAUUUCUUACUGUUGGGUUUUUAGGGAAAGAAACUCUCUGUGUACUCUUAAUCUGCUCUCAAGAUGAGUCAAGGCACUUUUUUGUUCCUGAAUUUUGUCUUACUUCUCUUGAGCACUUAAAAAUGAACUAGAAGAUUGGUGCAAGCAGAUGUCCUCCUAGUCAGAAGGCAGCUUGGCAGCAACAUCAUGAUAGUAUCCUUGUUUCCCCCCCCCCUUAUAUUUGUGUUGUUAAAAAGAAAUCCCCAACUUGUUGGCUGAGAACUAGAAAAUGUGAGUAGGACCUGCUGCUUCAUUUCCUGGAGUUGUGCUUGGGCCAGUCACUUUUUGAACUUGGUGUCCUCAUCUGAUGUGUGUGAGAUAAUACAGGUAUAACUUUAUUGUCACUGACAAUAAAGACAGAUCUGUUUUCCCAACUUUUAUGUAGUGCAGAUCUCCUGUUCAGACAAGGUGGCUGCCUACUCUCAUAUCUCAUAUGUAAGGCAUACUGGCAUAACCUGAAGAGGUGUUAUAUCCUUGUGUGCGCUGUUGAAUGCGUGAAAAACAUUUUGAUUUUAUAAAGAUUGAAUGCAUAAUGCAACAUGAGCUGCCUGCAUGAGUGUGCUUUACUAAAAAGGGAAGUAGAUAUAUAGGCAUUAGGUAGAAUUAAUGAAUAUGAAGGCUAUACAUUAUACAGAGGCUCAAUACAGCCUAUAAAGGUUCUGAUAGCAGCAAUUUUGAUUUGGUCAUUAACCUGCUUUAUAAUUAUAUUGCAUAAUAGUGGUAACUUCUCAAGUUGUUAGGGCAGCUAAAGUGGUUUGGAAAAAGCUUUUUGUAUGUGAUGUGGUUACUUAUACCUUUAACUCAUUGGUUAUUUCCCAACAUUAAAGUGAAAGUGACACAGUUGGCUAGAUAGGUACAAACAGCAAUUGUAUAGGUAUGGUUAGGGUUAGAUAGAGACUAUCAUGAAGACACCGAAGAGAAGUUCUUCCAUGCAAGUCCUGUUGAAGUGAAUAGAAGCAGCACAAUCUUGUGCAGACCCCCUUCAUUCAAUGUAACACGUACAGGAGAAAUUCCUAGUGGACUAUAUCUUAUCUAACCUUGUGCUCCAAGCAGCCUGCACAAUAUGCUCUCUAAUAAAUCAGUGAAGUUUUAUUAUCUGUUAGACAUUUGCUUGGUCUCAUUCAAAUGAGUAGAUCUCCCCUUGUUUUGAAUGAGUCAGGAAUAUGAACUCUUCUCAGAGCAGUCUUACAUCGAUUCUCUCUAGAUGUCUAAAUAUUGAAAUGAUAAUAUACUGAUCUAAAUUUAGAUCAUUAUAUUAUCAGUUAACGGUGAAAGGCACUGAUUGCCAUUCUAAUUACAUCCCAUAGUUUGACGCUAGAGCCACACUUACUUGAGAAUUUGGUAUCAUUCAAACAAAUUUAAUUUCAAGUAAACGUGUUAAGAAUUUAGUGCCAGAGUGUUAAAAAUAUGUUCCUGAGAGAAUGCACCAAAUCUUUUUAACAUUGAUCAUUUCCAGCUUUGGGGAAAAGAAUGCCCACCUCUGUCCAUGCUCGGUAACUUGCGUCCUGCCUAGAAGUUCAAACAAGACAAGCGUGUAGAAUUAUUUUUGCAUGCGAAAUAGAAAAUACUGGCCAGUGUGGCUGCGUUGUGCAUGCAGAAACAAAUGAAUAAGGUCUGUGACAUUUAAUCACGUAAUCAGUUAAUCAAAAUAUUGACACACACACACACACACACACACACACACACACACACACACACAGUAAUUAUAACUACUGUUGAUGACCAAUUCCAUCUAAGAAGUCUUUCCAGCCCUUGCGUGAGAAAAUGGGGAGUCCCUUUUCUAAGAUGAUGUGUACUACUGGGUUGUAUCCCAUGCUGCAUGAGCUCUUUGCUCUCUCUACAGGCCACUGUGCCUGCCAAAAUCCUCUCCAAAGGGUUGGGAGAACCUGCCCAACAUUGUGGGCUGUCCUCUGGGGCUGCAAGGGGUUGCAGGGUGCUGGCGGGGAGAGCAAGGGGUUGAGUGAGAUUGCCUUCUGCUUAUGCAAUGUUGGGUGCAACCCUUAGUUUCUCAUAUGCAAUAAUUAUGCAGAUUUGACAAAUUCUUUAAUUAUUUGUCUAAACCUGAGUUCAUUACAGUAUUGAUAUUUUAAUUGGUGGCAGCCCUGUUCCAAGAUAAAAAUUCCAUUCCACCCCCAGAUCCAAGAUUUUUGCAUUAAGAAGCAGCCAUACAUUAUUUCAAGUACGCUAACACACUUUAUUCUAACUGUGUAUUUUUUUAAAGAAAAUAUAGAUAAAAACCAAUUUUUAUGUGUUGUAUUUGAAUGAAUGAAUGAAUGAAUGAAAUAGAGGAAAAUGUAGAUAAUUGCAGUAGGCUGUGGUAAAGGGUGUGGUAGGAAAGUGUAAUGAUCUGGGUUUGUAUGAGGAAAUCAAUGAAUCUUUGUUAUGGCAUGGAAAACGCAAUUGUAUGGUAGAAGUCUGCGCUGCCACCCCUGAAAAUGGGCCAAGAUCCUCUUUAACCCAGCCUAGAAGACCACUGACUGAAAUGAGAAGUACUCUGUACCAAACAAUGAAUUCAGAAACUUACAUGAAUUAAUACGCUUUGAUGUUGCACAAUUUAUUCCUAUCUGUGCUAGUCAUUGAGAGGGGCAAGGAGCUGCCGAUAGACUGCCCCUCUAACUCUGGCUUUUGAGAUUUCACCCUCCAUUGCCAACACUUUUUGAAGCAUAUCUUCACAACCAGAAAUGCUUGGAUUUUAUUCUUUUAAAGAAGAAAACCUUAAUUAUUUUUUGCAGAGCCAUGUUGAGUGGCUUUUCUGUUUGUUCUCUGCAAUGACAACAUAUGCUUGGGUCCUUCCUAUGGGUUUCUGAACAUGUAGCAGUGUCUUUUUUGCACUUUCUAUUUUCCCCCUCCAGAACCUAGGAGCCUGAGAGUUUCAGGAAGUCAAACCCCCUCUACAGUUUGUUUUCAUUGCAUUCGACAUUUUUUGUACCAGUAAGGGCACUUUGCAUUCUUUAUGUAUUUGUAUCUGCAGUCUUUCAGAUAUGGGAAGAAUUGAUGCUAGUGUCAGGAUUUCCCAAUGUGAGCUGGAGAGGUUUAUUGCUUUCUCCCGUGAGCCUUCAGUUGUCCAACUUGACAUCUUAAGAUCCAUAUUUUUGUUUCAUUUGGAUAUACAGCUGCAGGUUCUGAAACUACACAAUCCAUUAAAUAAUGAGAAAGUGUUUUGUAAACUGGGUCACGCAGGUGUUGAGGGGUAUUGGCUUGAGCUGUGGUGAAAAGUCAAAAACACUUUGGUCUGAUCUUAGGUUUGCUUAAGGUUCACGACAAACCUCGAUUCAGUAACUCCACAUUUAGCUUAACUAAUUUUUACAGCCACUGUUUUCUCAUGUCUACGCUUUUCUUUGAACUCACCUUUUUAUAUGCAUGAUAGUCGUUCACCUGUCAGAAUUCUGCAUGUUCUGCGAUACCCAGUAUCCUCACCUUUAUGUUUCAGAUAAAGUUUUAUAAGUUAAAAUGCAUGGAUUUUUAAUUGCAUCUCAGGAUUUGUUUUAACUAGGCCUGGUAGUGUGAACCUGUAGUAAAAACGAUUCCCUUUCAUUUGUGGGUAUGAUUUUUUGUAAAUUUAACCUGAAAUUGUAAAAAACAAAAACAUAGAACAUAAAAUGAUUUCAUUAGGAUUUGUAAGCAUUUUGCUUUUUGCAAUUUUGUAGGGAAAAAAGGAUAUUUUUAUUUUAGGGCAAGUUCUACUUUUGUAUGUAAUAUGCUGACAUGGGGCACAAUCUGUCAGAAGCAUAUCCUGCAUUCAUCUCAUGGAAAUAAAUUUAGAGGUGUGGUCCUUCCCUAUCCCCAUUCAUUAUUAUUUUCCCUUUGGAACUUAAGUAGGACAGGUUUCUCAUGGAUUGUGUCUGUGAUGUCUUUUAUUUUUUAAUAAAACUUAUUUAAAACCCACUGUCUAAUACAUCUAGAAACAUAAACUUCACCUAUCACUUUGGAGUUCUCUUUAAACUGGAAUCUUGCUGUAAGUGUUUGGUGUUAACUUGUGUAAUACUUGAUACACAUUAAAAAGGUUAAUUGUA